GCCCAACCCAAAUUUAAUUUCUCCACAAUUCAUAUCUUUACAGUUUUCUUUCUGGGUAAGAAACAUCGGUACUGUAAAGCAUUUGGUUGUUCCUUCGACCCGACACCAAAGAGAGGAUCUUUGAUUUCGAAGCUCUACUGAAUCAUACCGGAAAUGUUUCUCACGAGAACCGAGUACGACAGAGGUGUCAACACCUUCUCUCCUGAAGGACGAUUGUUCCAAGUGGAAUAUGCUAUUGAAGCCAUCAAACUUGGUUCUACUGCGAUCGGGAUAAUGACGAAAGAAGGGGUUGUUAUUGCUGUCGAGAAGCGCAUCACUUCUCCACUCUUGGAACCUGGGAGCGUGGAGAAAAUUAUGGAGAUUGAUCAACAUAUUGGGUGUGCAAUGAGUGGACUAAUUGCUGAUGCAAGGACACUCAUAGAGCAUGCACGUGUUGAGACUCAGAAUCACAGGUUCUCCUAUGGUGAGCCUAUGACUGUUGAGUCUACCACUCAAGCUCUCUGUGAUUUAGCGCUACGGUUUGGUGAGGGUGAUGAAGAAUCAAUGUCAAGGCCAUUUGGUGUAUCUCUUCUCAUUGCUGGUCAUGAUGAAAAUGGCCCCAGCUUAUACUACACGGAUCCAUCUGGUACAUUCUGGCAAUGCAACGCGAAAGCUAUUGGUUCAGGUUCUGAAGGCGCUGACAGCUCUUUGCAAGAACAGUACAACAAGGACCUUACGUUGAAGGAAGCCGAAACAAUAGCACUCACCAUCCUCAAGCAAGUCAUGGAAGAAAAAGUGACACCGAAUAACGUUGACAUUGCGAAAGUAGCCCCAGUUUAUCAUCUCUACACUCCUGCAGAGGUUGAAGACGUCCUUAGCCGAUUAUAAGAAAGAAACAAAGAAAGAAAGAAAGAGUUAACAGAACAUUUUCCUCUGUUAUUUUCACCUGUUGCAUUUGCAUUAUAUCCCCCAACACACUGCUCCUUUCUACUCUCUCCUUUCAUGGCUUUGAAGAAAUGCUCUGCUUUGUGAGAUUGUCAUAUAAUUUUGUUGUUAAAUUGUUGCAUGAAACAACUACUGUAUGACUUCUUUUUUCCAUUGAUAGUUUGGUCAUUUUAGUAAGAUUGUUUUUCCCCUCUUGUUUAAGCCCUUAAGGUAAUCAAUUACUUAAAAUGAG